GCACCUUGUGUGUGUCGCUGAAGGUACGUCGCUGCGCUGCUGCUGCUGCUGCCACUGUUGCUGUCGCGCGCGUCGCAUGCGCCCCGAAGGCCCUGCAACCACCCUGUUGUCGCACACACUGCCAGCACCCGUCGCGUUGCAUUCUGCGAGCGCAUCGCCAAAGUCAACUUCGCGCAUGCUGACUGUCUGUAAUAAAGAUCUAGGAGCAUCGCAACAGCUGUCCCUUCCAGCGCGUGUUGGUGCAUUCUCGAGACACGUUGUGUGUGGAGAGUGAAGUGUGAGCUUAGGCCCGAGUACUACAGCGAUCGUCCGUCCUUGACCACGACUGCUACGUCACUACCGAACAUGGCUGCUGCAACCCAAACCGCGCGCACAUCCCCCCCGAACUCGAAGAUGUCCUCUCCCAAAGAUGGCAAAGGUACCCUUCCUCUCGUGACUAAGACUGAAGAACCUGCAGAGGUCAAGACAGACAUUAAGGAAAUUCCUACUGUAUCCGAACCGAUCAACAUCGACGCAAAGCCUGCGACAUCCAAUGCUGCACCGCUGGCACCUCCACCAAAACCAUCAGCACCUGGCGAGACGGCCGACUACUUCAACACUGUACACAACCCCUUCUCGCUCGAGCCCAACGUCUUCGAACAGUCUUUCGGAGGAAACGGCUCCGUAGAAACACCCGGCGGCCGUACCAUCCUGCCGCCUGUUGCAAAUAUAACGUCGCCAAACCCCCUGCCUGGCAUCACACCUGGUUGGCAAUCGUUGCGCGCCGGUCCUCUAAGCCCUGCUAUGCUCAGCGGCCCCACAGGUCAGACCGACUACUUCAGCGAGUCGUUCAGAGGCUUUCCCACUCCCAACGAAUCUUCGCUUCGCACUGGUCUUACUCCUGGCGGUGGCGGGUCCAUGUUCCCUGCCCCCAGCCCUAAUACCCAAGCAAUCUUUAACCUGCAAAGUGCUGGUGUCACUCCUGGAACGGGCGACUUCCAGCAGGCUGCUUUGCGCGCGGCCGCUCAGGCUAACCAAAAUAAGACUACUGUAGCACCCACUUCUCAACCUGAUACGGUUACCGCAGGAAUGGAUCGCCAAAACAACUAUCAACAAGCUCAGCAGCAGCAGCAACAAAGGUCCCAAAAUGAUCCUUACGCUAACCAUGACGUCAGCAGCGCCGCUAACGAUCUGCUCUCAUUUGCAAGUCAGAACGGCGGCGGUGCAAGGAAUAACCAGCCACCAUUCUCAAUGGCACCCAACAACCAGUCAGUCAAUGCUGGUCACAUGCCUGUGCAACCUGUUGGUGGUGAUCACAGUCGUCGUAACACCAAAGGCUCGAUCAACAGUAUGGCUUCUGCUGAUACUGGUGACUUCUCGGAGUCCGGCCAAAGUGAGCAAAACAAGGGCACUCGUACACGAGGCAAGAAGGGUGCUGCUAACGGCAAGCAAGCCGCCGGUACCAAGCGCAAAGCCGACGACAUGCCCAAGGGUGGUCGCAAGAAGGGUGCCGCUGCCACUAUGGACGACGAGGAUGACUCCGAUGAUGAGAUGCAAAACCUCAAGGAAGAGGAGUUUGACAGCAAGGGGCGCAAGAUGACAGACGAGGAGAAGCGCAAGAACUUCCUCGAGAGGAAUCGUGUCGCUGCCCUCAAGUGCCGUCAAAGAAAGAAGCAAUGGCUUGCCAACCUACAGGCAAAGGUCGAGUUGUUCAGUACAGAGAACGAUGCGCUCUCCGCUACUGUCACUCAGCUUCGUGAGGAAAUAGUUAACCUCAAGACCCUCUUGCUUGCCCACAAGGACUGCCCAGUCUCCCAGGCUCAAGGUCUUCAUGGCAACGCUAUGAACAACUUCCUUGGUAGCGAUGUCAGCCAUCAAAAUCCAUAUGGCAUCGCCCAGCUGCAACAUAAUGGCGUUCACCACAUGGGGAUGCCAAUGCAGGGUCAGAUGAUGAACCGGUAAACAUGUUGUCUGAGCGAGCCAGGUAGAACUCUGGAUCAUUCCCAGAGUUUUGACCGACAACUCCUUCGAGGUCUGCUUCAUCUUUUGAUCUCCCUCACUGGAUCCUACCAACUUUUAAUUCACGCACCUUAUCCUUCCUCUCCUUCCUUGGUGCUGCGCCAAUGCAUGGUCUGGCGCUUGGCGUACGUCGUGCUGGCAUCUUCACAACAAGGAACGCAACAUCUCCCGGUCACCAAAAGGCUUUCAUUACCUCAUUGGGUGCCGACGAGGCAUCGGUACCGGAAACGCGCCCACGAUCCUGUCGAGCCUUCGACGGUUCUUCUCUCUUUCAGCACACGUACAUACAUGGCGGUGGGUCUGAUUCAUUUCUCGG